CACAUUCGCACCGAUGACCCUGGCCUUCGCGCGUUCUACUUCGACCCUCUCAUCAAUACCAUCUCGCUGCGUGGCUUCACACCGAAGAACGUGCCACUUGUUCCCCACAAGGACGCGAUCUUUGGCCCAAAUGACGCUGAGGACGACGACUCCGAGCUCCCUGACGAGAACUUGAACCAUCUCCACCUCGAGUACAACAUGAACUUGAAGCCGGUGAAGACGCUCACGACCAAAGAGCGUAAGAAGUCGCGAUUUGGCAAUGCUUUCCAUCUCUGCCGUGAAAUCCUUCGUCUC